AUGUUGAUGCAAUCUGCGCUUUCCUGCGACAGCAGGAAAUUCCUGGCCCAGCCGUACUAUCGCGGCCUGUCGCCCACUCCUCCACCGUCGAGCGACAGCCUCAGCGGCAGUUUGAUGGGCGUCAGUCGCAAGCUGCAGACCUUACUCAACGUUUCACCCGGCCCGUCAUCGACCCCACUUCCUCCUCGUUCUAUGCGCCUAGCGAGUCCUUUCCACCUCGAGAUUAACCAGCCCACCAAGACCAACGCUCGGUCGCGCAAACCUGCCAGUAGCUCAGCUACUCCCAAGCCCUCUAUACCUAAGACAAGGCCAAGGACGCCUUCCACACCACCGCGCACUCGCAGUAAGCGCAGUCGCAGUGUAUACGAAAAUGACCAAAGCGAAAUGCGCAAUGGAUAUGCAACUCCCAAACGCCGCCGACGUCUUCCUUACCACAUACCUCUAGGGCUAGGCAUUGCCGACUUUGAAGCUUUGGACGAAUACACCUGUACCUCACCAAUGUGCAUACCUCAACAACAACAACAACAACAAAUACAUGUCGAUUCUGACCCGCAAAUGGAGGCGCUUCGUCAGAUAGUCCUUCCAUCGAUCGAAGUUGAGGAUACAGACAAGGCUGACUGGACAGCUGAAGAAGAUGAGAAAUUGGUCGAUAUGGUCUUGGAGAAAUUCAAGUUAUCAAAGCGCGAUUGGGAAGAAUGCGCGCGUCGCAUUGGCAAAGACAAUGCUAGUGUUGGCAGACGUUGGCAAGCGCUUCUUGGGGAAGGCAACAUUGGCCUUCGUCGCGGCUCUGGACCGUUUAUACGCGGCCGGCUAGACGGCUGCUUUGAUGAACAGCCUUGA